AUGUCGUCGUUCUGCGGCUGCUGGUCUGUAGACUGCUGUCCGAAAUCCAGGAAGUCCGACUGGAAAUUGUCCAGAUCCAGGUUCAUCAAAUCGUCCGCAGACCCAAACAUGUCGCCCGUGUCCUGUUUCGACUGCUGCUGCUUGAACAUCUCUGUCUGUCGUUGCUCGAGCUCCUGUUUCUUUCGAACGGCCUCUUCCUCGAUCUUCUUCUUCAUCUGGGCCUCUUCCUGUUGGAUCUUCUUGCGCUCCUCCUCCUUUGCCGACUUGGCCUUCAAAUACCGCAGCACAAACUCCGUCUCCUUCAGGUCCAGCGUAUGGUCGUCCAACACUUGGUUGUAUCUCUCAAAGUCCCGCUUCAGAGCAAGUGUGAGGGGCCGGGCCACCGAGCUCGAAUUGUGCGGCACCACCGUGUUGGUGGCAUUCCCGCUUAGCUUGUACGUGAGCUUGUCAAGAAUCGUGGCCGUUGUCACAAAGAUGUUGUUGGCCGAGUCCUUCAACGCAGAAGACAUGGUGUAG